AUGAGCGUCGGCGCGCAGCCGCCUCGCGAGGCCCCGCCCAAGCCCGACGAUGUCCCAGACGCGGGGUUGAGGAGCCUUGACCAUUACAAGAGGGCGCUGCCGCGAUGGCGCUAUGCCGUGCGCCAAAAGACACUGCCGUUGAUCCGCUGGGAGACGCCGUAUCUCGCCUGGAUGCAGGACAAGCUGCGCACGCCCGCGCUCGACAGCUACUUCGCCAUCACCGCCAACCUCGGCACGCAUACCUUCUUCAUGAUCGGCCUGCCCAUGCUCUUUUGGUGCGGCAAUGCGUCCUUUGGGAAAGGUCUCGUCCACAUGCUCGCCCUCGGCGUCUUCUGGACGGGCUUCAUCAAGGACUUUUACUCGUUGCCGCGGCCGCUCUCGCCACCGUUGCACCGCAUUACGAUGUCUGGUUCGGCCGCGCUCGAGUACGGCUUCCCCUCGACGCACAGCGCAAACGCCGUGUCCGUCGCCGUCUAUGCGCUUCUCCUCCUGCGAAGCCCCGAAAACACGUUUGCCCCGAACACGAAGCUGCUCCUCGAGGGCGUGUCCUACUUCUACGCCGUUUCGAUCGUCUUUGGCCGCCUGUACUGUGGCAUGCAUGGCUUCAUGGACGUCAUAGUGGGAUCGACCAUGGGGGCUGCCAUCGGCUGGAUCGAGUACUACUACGGGCCUCCACUCGACGAAUACAUGCAUUCGAGCGGUUGGAUGGCUCCUUUCAUAGCCAUGCUCGUCAUCAUCGUGUUUGUUCGCAUCCACCCUGAACCCGCCGACGAUUGCCCAUGCUUCGACGACAGCGUUGCCUUUGCCGGCGUGCUAAUCGGCUUAGAGUUCGGGACGUGGACGUACGGCAAGAUUCCCGGAGAUCCGUGGGAAACCCAUGCUUACGGCAACGGCACGGUCGACACCUCGGCUCUGGGUCUCUGGAAGAAUGUGGCCAGAAUCGUCUUUGGCGUCCUCGUCAUCUUCGUAUGGCGGGAGACGAUGAAACCGGCCCUCCUGAAACUGCUACCUCACCUGUUCCGCGGCCUUGAGCAGGUGGGCUGGAACCUCCCGCGACGAUACUUUACUCCAGCCAGCGAAUACAAGUCGGUGCCUCCGGGCUCGCGGCUCGACACGCUCUUCCCCAAGGCCUCCGACUUCCCGCGCAUGGUAGAGAGCAUCCGCCACCCUACCACGCGAGGCAGGUCGGUCUCCAUCGGGCCGCAGAGCGCGGCAGAUGCGUACGAGACGCUGGCGUACCGCGAGAGGCGGCGUCGCGAGAGCAUCAGCAGCAACCACAGCCUCAAGAGCAAGUCCAGCAACAUGGACCUGUCGAGCGCCGUGGACCCUGGGGCGAAGGACGCGGACAGCUCGGGCAGGGUCGCGCAGGCGUCCGGGUCGCAGAAGCCCCCCGCGCAUGAGUACGAGAAGAUGAUGGGAGACGGGGAGGUCGUCAUGACGCCGGUGGGGGAAAACGGCGCCGCGGGCGGCGGCUUCGAUAAGGAGGGCGAGGAGCUGGCGGAGAAGGAGAUGUUUUCACGGCUGGUCCGACCGCGAGUAAGAUAUGACGUGGAAGUUGUUACGAAGUUGGUUGUCUACACUGGGAUCGCUUGGUUCGCGACGGCCCUGAUCCCCAUCAUGUUUGAGUUUGUGGGCCUGGGGACCAACCACCUGCAGGCGGUAAUGAGAUGA